GAUGUCUGCAUAGUCAAUCAAUCAAAAAUUCCUUCGUUUCGUCGUUAUUUUUCCCAUUUCUCCGACACAUCUUCCGUUCUGAACUUCUGAAUCUCGUAAUUAUUCUCGAGCUUUCAUUGAUGGCGUGAUCUCUGGCAUCGUCUUCCCAACUGAUUUAUUCGGCAUACUACUCCUACAAUUCUUCCAAGUUUCACGAAUCCUUGGUUGUUUGGAGAUGAAACGAUCUCGAGUUAGGGUUUCAGAGUGAUCGACUUAUGCUUUUCGUCCUCCAGUACAGUGAGGUCUCUUCUAUGAUCUGAGAUAAUAAAGCCAGGAAUGUCUUCUUUAAAUCCGUAUGCAGCAUCAUAUGUUCCACUCUCCAAAAGAGAGGAUGCUGAUAAAAAUGCUUUUGAGAUAAGUAGUGGUUCCAAGAUUGUUGAUACAGAUGCCUGGUCCAAAAAUUCCUCUGAAGGACAGGAGACAGAAGCGAACCAGCUCCCAGGCGAAGCUUCUCUUGAUUUUAAUGUGCAUGGUAUUGAAGAACUACUCAAUUCGAUGGAUUUAACUCAGAAAAGCCACAUGGAUGACAAUUCUCAUGAUUCAUUGUCAUGCAAUCCUAGUUACGCAACAGAAAAGCACAAUACAUAUGACGAUUUUGAGAUGGAUCUAGCAUACCUUGCUACCAUGUUCCCUAGUUUAUCAGAUCAAUCACUAGUUGAUGUAUACUCUGCAAAUGCAGGUGACCUGGAAGCCUCAGUUGAUAUGCUCCACCAACUUGAGGUAUACCCAGCGGAUGCAUCUCAACAUCUUCCAGACAGCUUAGACAUUGGUGACGUGCCAGGAUUUGAAUCUCCAGAUGAAGAAGAACCGUCUAUAAGGCUGAACACUUCUGGUGAAGCCAGUGGAUCAUCAUCUUGUCCAUUGCCAUCUACCUCUUGACAUGACCUCUGCUGUUUGUGAUUGUGUGGUAAGACGCGAUUAGGGAGGGUUCUUUCCUCGAGUGAAAUUGGAAAUAUCGUCAUGGUACAUGUUGUAAUUCUUCAUUGAUGUGUUCAUUCUCUUUUGUCUUCUAGAGUUCUGCUUCAUCGGUAAUCCCUUGUGCGGUUUUUCUUCUGCGUUAAUGUUGAUCGCACUUUAUCAAAUGAAAGUAAUUUUCCCCCUUUUUAUC